UGGUGAAUUCGCGCAUUUCCUUUCGUUGUUCGGGUGCGGGCUGGGUUGCGGCGAGAUGGAGGGAAUCCUGGGUGUCGUCUAGAAAAGGUGGCGUGGAUGGAGUUCUUGAUGGGGGGAGGUCACUUUUUUCCUAAUCGACGAGCCCCGCCCCAUGGCAACUUGAGAUAGAAUGGGUUGCUGGGCUGUCGUCUUAGCGAGAAUCAUCCGCUUGACGUCUUGCACCCUCAAGGGCUUUUGCCCAACUUAGGGUCGGAAAUCGGUUCCUGGCGCUGUUCCAGAAUUCCUGGCGCUUUUCCCCCAUCGAAGAAUCUCACUCCCUGCUCACGCUUGGGAGUUGGUGAGCCAUGACCCUGGCCAAAGCGGCGCCGGCGCUGUGCUUGGCCUGGCUUCUGCAGCGGCGGCUGUCCGGCCGCUGGCUCCUGGCGGCCUUGGUGGUGGCAGGGCUGCGGGCGCUGCGGGCCUUCAUCGCCCAGAAGCUGCACCCGGGCACCACGCAGCAGCGGCGGAGGUGUCUGAACCCUGGGCUCGGCCCGGCGGACUUUGAGGAGCGAUUCCUGGGGGACGCAGAACGCCUGCAGGGCCGUCGCUUCGACUUCGUGGUGCUGGGCUCCGGCAGCGCGGGCUGCGCCUGCGCCGCGCGGCUGGCGCGCAGCCAGGCGAAGGCCUCGGUGCUGCUGGUGGAAGCGGGCGGUGAGGCGCACCGCUCGGCCUUGGUGCGGAUCCCGCGCCGGGCCUUCGGGGCCUGGCAGUCGGAGAUCGACUGGGGCUUCCGCACGACUCCGCAGAAGCACCUGCUGCCUCCGGGCCGCGUCAUCGACCUCGAGCGGGGCAAGACCACCGGGGGCUCCAGCGCCAUCAACUACAACCUCUGGGUCCGCGGCGCCGCGGAGGACUACGACCGCUGGGAGCGCCGCUUCGGGUGCACCGGCUGGGGGUACAAGGACGUGCUUCCCCACUUCGAGGCCGUGGAGCAGGCGGUCAGCGUGGCGCCGCUCUUCCCGCCGGCGGCGGAGGCCCAGGACUUCGUGGAGGCGUGCCAGGCCCUGGGCGCCGAGGCGGUGGCGGACUACAACGCGGCCUCGUUGCCCUGGGGCGCCGGGGUGGCGCAGAUGAGCGCGGGGAAGCAGGGCAUGCGCCAGGACGCCUUCUCAGCCUUCAUCGAGCCCGCGCUGCGCGAGUGCCCGAACCUGGAGGUGGUCAGCGAGAGCUUCUGCCGCCGCGUGCUCUUUGAGGACGGGACGUUGGAGGCCAAGGGCGUGGAGCUGGAGCUGCGCUGCGGGCAGCGCGUUGAGGUGCACUGCGACAAGGAGGUGAUCCUGUCCUGUGGGGCGCUGCAGACGCCGCAGCUCCUGCAGCUCAGCGGUCUGGGGGACGAGGAGCUGCUGAGGAGCUUGGGCAUUCCUUGCCUGCGGCACCUGCCGGAGAUUGGCAGGAACCUCUCGGAUCAUCCCAUUCUGCCGCUUGGCUUCAAGGUGAAGGCGGAAGCGCAGCUCUGCGGCUCCGGCCGGAGCCAGGAUGCCUGCGGGACUCAUGCCGCCUACUUCUGGCGCUCGGGCACGGGGAGCGCUGAACGAAAGUCUGCAGAUCUGGAGACGCUGCUGAACUCCCGGAUUCAGCCCAGCCUGUAUCCCAAGAUGACGGUGCUCCAGCUGCAGCGAUGGUUUUCCCGAACCCCGGACUACCGCUCCUCCCCGCUCUUCGGCUGGCUGGCGGAAUGGGCGCAGCUUUGGGGAUGUGUCAAGGAGCAGACGCCCAGCCACUGCACGCAGAUGGCCAGGAUGAUGGAGCUGGUGACGGUGGUGAACCACCCCGCCAGCCGGGGCUCCGUGAAGCUGCGGAGCAAGGACCCCCACGAGCCGCCGCUGGUGGAUCCCAAUUACUUGGCGGAGGAGGAAGACGUGGCCGCCAUGCUCGCCGCUCUGAAACGGGUGCGGGCCAUGGUGGAGCAGCCGAGCCUGCAGAAGUACUUCGACGGCUUCGUGGUGAAGCCCCCUGAGGACGAGGCCGCGCAGCGGAGCUUCGUGCGCCGGCAGCUCCGCACCACCUGGCACUACUCCUGUACCACUCGCAUGGGCAGAGCCUCCGACUCCGUUUGCGACCCCCGUGGCCGCGUCUAUGGGGUCGGCAAGCUGCGAGUGGCCGACGCAGGGCUGAUGCCGGAAGUCGUCGGCGGCAAUAUCAAUGCGGCGUGUAUGAUGAUUGGCGAUCGAAUUGGUUUCUUCAUCAAUGAGGACCACGGUGAGACUCGUGCAGGUAUAUAGAUCGAGAAGAGCCAACCUGCCGGCAGAAGUCAGCGCGAGCCUUUGCCCCUUUUAGGGCGCUUGGGCUUUGCGAAAAGCCUUGGAAUCCGACCUCAGCUAGUUCAUGGU